CUCCACUUCGAGCACGCAGACACCAGCCAAAAUAGACUACACUGCAACAACAGAUGAUGUCCAUCUACACCACAAUUGCAACCAGCAAGGAGCGGCACGGCGAAAUCCAGACCGCCCUCGCCGCCGUUGAGAGCAGCCCGGAAACGCUACAGUCGCACAAAUCCUACCUGUCGGACCUCCGCCGCGCGCUGGCUGAGACCAACCAGCAGCUGGAACAACUCCGGCAGAUCACCCAGGUGGAGCGUGCGCUGCACGAGAAGUACCGCGACAGCACGGUGCGUCGCCUGCUUUACCGCGCGACGGGCAAGCGGGGGGAUUUCGAGGCCAAGGCCGACCAGGAGAUGCGCGACUAUUACGCCGCGCUGGCGAAGGAGAAUCGCGCGCAGGCGCAGCGGGAGAUGCUCGAGGCACAGCUUGUGGAUGCGGUGACGAAAGAGCACGAACUCCAAGCCGCAUGUGCGGCGAGGGGCAGGCUGCAUGAGGAGCUCGACGCCAUCUAUCGCACGAUUUUCGAGGGGCGGACGGAAGAUUUCCCGGAGGAGGAUGCGCAGGAAGAGGUCACUCUGUUGGCACGGCGGGAGUAUGGGCAGCGGAGGCAGCGUUGGAGUGAUGUCCGCCAGGCGGCGCAGUGUCUGGCGAGAGCGCAGCUAACGAUGCGGGAGGCCAUGUUCCAUCUGGUCGAGAGUCUGCGUCAGUCGGAGAGGGAUCUGUGGGGAUUCGGAGGAACUUUGAUCGACUGGCGGCAAAAGAACUGUCUGUCCCGCGCACAGCAGAAGGUGAGCCAGACGCAGAUGCUGGUGGCACAGGCGACGCGGCUGGACUCGAACGUGCAGUCACUCCCGGCCAUGGGUUUGGUUCAACGAGACUGGGUUGGGGGAAUGCUCUGCGAUACUUUCUUAUUCCACCUCAACUUCUUAGAUCUGAUGCAACAAUCUGUCCUGGAGUUGAACCGCGCGGAGGAGGCUCUGGCAGCCGAAGUACGGCGGAUUCAGUCUCGUGAGACAGGCAUGCAGGCGCAGGUGGAAGAGGCGCGAGUGACCUUCGAAACUGCACAGCAAGGCCUUCGCCAGAUCCGAUACGAGGUAUUCAUGAAAGCCGCCGACCCCCCGCCGCCCUACACCGAUCAACCGUCAGUGGGAAUCAACGCUUGACGGGAAUCGACGUUCAAGGCUUUUUGGUGGCUUUGCUGGCGGGGCAAGAGGUGAUGUAAUUCCAGACGGACUUAAUACUUUGAUGAUUAUGUGCUCCUACCGGGUUAGAAAUAAAGAUAACAGGCAGGUCAGGGAAAAGUGUAUCAUCGAGUGCUGUGAGCGUGGCGGCAGAAGAGUCGUUUAAUCUGCCUCCAUUAAAAAGUAAGGCAAAGAGGGCCAUUUUCAGUCCAUUUCUUCCCUCAUGCAACUUUCUGGCCACUU